AGACUGUAUCUAGUUACUUAUCUUAAUCUUCAACUGUCACAUUCUCAAAACCCCUUCAUAACCCCCCAUCUUUUUUACUUUCAAUUCAACCUUGUAAACCAAUCCAAAGAAUUUUAUUUUAUUGCUACUAUUUUUCAUAUUAUUUUCCCACCCUGCACCCUCUUCAACAUUGCAGGGUAUACAGCUUAUAUAUAAUUAAUUCAUUCAUCGACUUAUAUUCAUAAUUUCAACAUCAUUAAUUGUAUCUUGAUCCCUUAAUAAUGGGAGGCAACAAUUCUAGAUCGGUUAAUCCAAAUGGAGAAGAUGUAUUGCCUGCAAGACUUCGUCCUCUUCUUCGACAACGUAUUGAAGAGUUUAGAAAACGUAGGAAUGCACGAAGAGAUGGCGCUGUCUCCAAGAAGGAGCUUCUAAAAGAUGAUGCCGGAAAUAAUGAUGAUCCGUCUUCUAAUGUAAAUGAAGUUUUGGAAGAAACUCAACAGCAUGAAGAGGAGAAAACAACAGUACAUGCUGUGUCCGUAGAAAAACUCUCUCAAGUCGCUCCAUUGCCUGUUUCUGAAUGUGGAAUUGAGGAGGAGGAGCAUAAAGGAAGCAAAGAUCACGACCUAGAAAAAUGUAAAGAAAUUGAAAGGAAUGUAGCUGAGGUAAAGAUUGCAGCAUCAUUACAAGAAAAUAAAUAUGAAGAAUCUAAUGAAAAACAUGAUGAUGAGGACAAGAAGGAGGAGGAGGAAGACGAAGAGGAAGACGAGAAUGAAAUUGGAAGACUUAUAGGUCCUGGAUCGCCAAGUUUUAGAAUAUAUUACAUUGAGGCCACGGAGAGAAAAGAGCAAGCAUUACGUGAUACGCGUGUAAAUGACAAACAACAAGGUGAGAAAGAGGAUGAACCUAUUGUCGUGCACUACAAGUCACACAGUUGUGAAAGUGAUGAAAGUGUGACAUCUGAAUCAGAGAACACUGACAACUCAAACGAGGUUGUUGAAAUCGAAACAGCUCCUAAGAAAAAAGGACAUCAUAAGAGAAGGAAAUUGGUGGCGAUGAAGAAGAAUCUACUCAACGUUAAGAAUCUGCAGAAGAAUAGCAUGAACAAAAUGAUGGCCUGCGCUGGCAAUGAUAGAAGAAAACUUCUUGCGGAUCAUUGAUUAAUACAUUAGUUGCUGCUAGAACGAAUGUUGAAGACACAUUAAUUAUAUAAUAACUUAGAAAUAAGUGUUUCUUUGUUUGGGAAUUUCUAGGCAUUUUUUGGUUCAAUUUCUUCUGAAUCCACAUA